UUACAGCUCCGGAGAGUGAGGUAGGAAGAGAGAACCGUCGUAGUCAUUGGAGAAAACACAUUAACGAACGUCAACAUGGAGGGUUGUAUCUUGCUGGUGCUGGGAAUAGGCCUUCUUCAUACAGCAUCUGCUGUGACUCACUCCCUGAAGUAUUUCUACACCGCAUCUUCUGAAGUUCCCAACUUCCCAGAGUUUGUGGUUGUGGGGAUGGUGGAUGAUGUUCAGAUGGUUCACUAUGACAGCAACAGCCAGAGAGCGGUGCCCAAACAGGACUGGAUGAACAAGCGGACAGACACACAGUACUGGGAGAGGGAGACAGGGAAUUUUUUGGGUUCCCAACAGACUUUCAAAAUCGACAUCAAUACUCUAAAGCAGCGUUUUAACCAAAGUGGAGGUGUGCACACAUGGAUGAGGAUGUACGGCUGUGAGUGGGAUGAGGACACUAGAGUCACAGAGGGGUUUGAUCAGUUUGGAUAUGAUGGAGAGGAUUUCGUAGCAUUUGACCUGAAGACCAAGACAUGGAUCGCCCCAACACCACAGGCAGUCAUCACCAAACACAAGUGGGACAGAAACAUGGGUUUCAAUGAGAACAUGAACAACUACCUCACCCAGACCUGCAUUGACUGGCUGAAGAAGUAUCUGGACUAUGGGAAGAGCACUCUGAUGAGGACAGUCCCUCCCCUAGUGUCUCUGCUCCAGAAGACCCCCUCCUCUCCAGUGACCUGCCACGCUACAGGUUUCUACCCCAGUGGAGUCAUGGUGUUCUGGCAGAAAGAUGGACAAGAGCAGCAUGAAGAUAUGGAGAAUGGAGAGACUCUCCACAACAUUGAUGGAACCUUCCAGAAAAGCGUCCACCUCACAGUGACACCUGACAAGUGGAAGAACAACAAGUAUCAGUGUGUGGUUCAGGUCACUGGUAUCAAGGAGGACUUCAUCAAGGUUCUGACUGAGUCUGAGAUCCAGACCAACUGGGGAAAGACUAACAGGGGUGCAAAUGACCCAAACACCACUGGCUCCGCCCUCAUCAUUGGAGUGGUUGUAGCUCUCCUGGCCGUUGUUGCUGUUGUUGUUGGGGUCGUCAUUUGGAAGAAGAAGAGCAAGAAAGGCUUUCUUCCAACCAGCACUUCCGACACUGACUCUGACAACUCUGGGAAAGGUGUCCAAAAGACUUGAGAGACCUCUCUGCACUUCUGUAACAUCAGAGAAGGAGCUGAAGAGGACAGGAACGAAAUGGAAACAACAAACAUUGAACUUCCCAAGAACGUAACACAUACGUAUACUUACACACACAUCAGUCUCACACAUACACCUUUCUCACACACAAGCUCACACACACACACUGUAAACACAGAAUCCAUAUAUAAAAAAAAUCUGCUGUCAGAAAUAUUCUUUGGUGAUUUCCUUUAAACCGUUUUACUUUCAUUUAAUCCAUGGUUUGGCUUUUUAAAAGUUGUGCUGUAAUUUUGUUGAAUUAUAUAAUGUAAUAUUGCCAUGGUUUGGCUUUUUAAAAGUUGUGCUGUAAUUUUGUUGAAUUAUAAAAUGUAAUAUUGCCACUGUGUGAUAGACGUAUCUCAGUCUUACGGGUAUAUUAGAAUCAAUGGAACACCAUGAAAGUGUGUUUCUGGAAAGGAUUAGAUUGUUGAGCGAUGUUAAAUUAAGAUCUGAAUUUAUAUUAUUCUACAAAUAAAACAUAAAUUUGUUUGAUUUUCCCCUAAGUGAAGCCACCAAAACAAUCACAUUUAAAAGAUAUUGCUGUAAACUGGAAAAACAUCAUUAUUUUGUUUGAAUGUGUAGUGUAGCUGCACAUAUGUGUACGUUUUGGUGGUAUAAGAUACAGUAAUUGUGUGACAUGUUAUAACUUUGCUCACACUAACUUGUUUAAUUGCAUGGCCAUAAGCCAGACAAGGUCUGUCCACAUGUUCCAUUUGUAAAUGUUUCUCUUUUAACGGAAGUGACUUUAUUUUUCGAGCUGUUUUGAUUUUAUGAUACGUUUGAUUUAUGAUGGGGCAUAACACUUUUUGACUAUACGUUCUGUAGAAAUAAGUUGGUGAUGGGGCAAGUGAACAAGUAUUUUAUUGCAAGUGUAAAUGUGAUCCAUUUAAGAGAUACAUAAUCAACCAGCCAAACAAGACAAAUUAGAGACCAAAUUCAUGCAUUCUGUAAUAAUGUUCUUACACCUUUCAAUAAAGUCUACAAAAUUGGAA